UUUUCUUGUUAGCAACGUUUUAUAAUUUUCACCCUAGUGCAACUACUGCAGGUUCUUCUCUUGUUUCUCUGAGCAGUACCAUUUUCGGUGCAUCCAAAUCUACUCCUCAGCUGUUUUUGUUUCUUCUUCGGAUAGUCACAGAAAUCUUUUUGUUUUUCAACCGAUCUCGUUUUGCCCGUGUAGAAUCUUGUAAACCCUCUUGGUAGGCCUUUGGUGUGAAUAGAUGCCAGUUGCUAAACUCACGGCCUCUGGCUCUCCUGAUGUCAUGAAAACAGAAGACAGAAAUGAUUCUAUAGAUACCAUCAUCAGACAAGCAAUUGGAAAGGAACCUUUCCUUUCUUUUCCUAGGGCUGGUGACAGCCCUGUACAAUGGAUUCAAUUACUCCAUGCUUUAGACCAGCAAGAACUUCCAGGGUGGCCUUUGCUUUCUCCUGUGAAGGUUCAGUUGCAGAAGUGUGACAAGUGUUCUCGAGAGUUUUGCUCUCCCAUUAACCAUAGAAGACAUAUGCGUGUACACCAUCGAUUGAAGAAGCUUGAUAAGGAUUCUAAGAAAAACCGAGAUCUUCUAGGAGCUUAUUGGGAUAAGCUCUCUAUAGAAGAGGCAAAAGAAGUUGUGUCAUUCAAGAAUGUAAUGUUGGAGGAAGUUCCAGGGUCUUCAAUUUUAAAUGCUUUGGCAAGUCUUACUCAAAAACAAGGAUUUUCUUCUCUUCCACAGUAUUAUCUUAAGGCUGGUUCUGCCCUUCUGGAUAUUGUCGAAUCGAGGCCUUCAAGCUUUCCUAUAUCUUCCCAAGAGUUGUUCAGUAUACUUGAUGAUUCCAGUGAAAAAACAUUUUUGUGUGGGACAGCAGUGUCAAUGCAAAGAUAUGUUUUUGAUGGAGAGGCUGGAAAGAUUGGUCUUGAACCAAAAAACAUAGUUGCUUGCACUAGUUUCUUGGUAGAGCAGAAAUUGGUGAAGGCAUGGCUUGCAGACAAAGAAGCUGAAGCAUUGAAGUGUCAGAAGCAGCUAGUUGAGGAGGAAGAAGCUGCUCAGAAAAGACAAGCUGAGAUUUUGGAGAGGAAACGCCAGAAAAAGCUUAGACAAAAAGAACAGAAGGGGAGGGAACUGCUCGAAGAUGACAUUGAAAUUAAACGGAACAUCAAUAGCACAGGAGAGGCUGUACUAUCUGCAGAAACAUCUUUGGAUACGUGUGUCUUUGAAGCACAUAAUUCUGAUACAUUUGCAGAUCAUGCUUCUUCACCACAUGCAUCCGCCUGUCACUUUCCUGACAUUUAUGAAGGUGCUGAAAGGGAGACACACUCAGGGUAUGAAUGUGACACUGAUCAAAAUAUUGAGCGACAAACAUCCCACAGACAUAGUCGUCGACGCAUGAUGGUUGCGAGACAGCAAGGACUGCCAAAAUCACAGUGGGCUGUAUCCAACUGUUUACAUGCGAGCCCAUAUUCUCAAUUAUCAAAGCAUGGAGUCAUUCAGAGAUAUGGGACAAACCGGGAUCAAAGAGUGACUUCUAUUACUAAUGGGAUGAAAGUUUGGAGUCGAAAGCCUAAACCAGAUAUUGAUGGGAUGGUUUCAAAAGCCAGACUGCAAAAAGAACCAGACAAGGUUAAGAAUCAUGAAGUAUUGAUAGGAUCUAUAUCUGUAACUCUAAGCAAUUGCAGCCAAUCAGUGGGUAGCCUUGUGGCAUCUCAUGGUGAUGAUAUUGUGGAGAAUCCGACAAAGCAGUGUACUGUACAGGAGAAGCCAGUGAAACCUGAUUCUUCCCAGAGUAGCAACAACCCAUUAACAGUGAAGUUUUGGCGGCCAAUUGGCAAACAUGGAACCAAAGACCCAUUUCCACUUCAAAAUGGUAGGGCUGGAGCUGAAGCUGAUACUUAUGAAAAAGAGGAUCAAACUUUGUCAGGUCAAAGUAGUUUAAGGGUGUAUAGUAUAGAUCAUAGUGAUAUUGGUUUCGGGAACAAGUUUCCCGAUUUUGGUGCUAAAGCAUAUCCAAGAAGCCUUUUCUCCAGACAUGCUGCCAAAGUCUUUCUUGCACAAAGAUGGAAAGAAGCUAUUUCAUCAAACCAUGUGAAAUUGGUUGUUUCGCCUGAUUCUGAACCGCGUGAAUGCCAAGAGGUACAAGAUCGUGAACUGACAGCAUCUCAAUUUUCUAAUGCCGAUAGAUAUGGCACUGUUGCAAAUGCAGAGAAUCAAUUGCAUGCAACCUCCGAAGUUACUAAAUCCAAAACCAAAAUGAAGCCUAAAAAGGGAAUCAAGAUAAAGUAUAUUCCCAAACAAAAAGCAGCUACCUAGUAGGAACUAGGAAGGAAGUAAGAAAGAGAAGAAAUUUGAUUUAUUUAAUUAUACAGAUACGCACAGUUUUGACUACUUGCCGAUCAAUUUCUUAACAGAGGUUCCAGUUUUAACAAUGGUCUUCUCUAAGAAAAUUGAAGAUGGGUUUUUGCCAGAAAGAUGUCUUCUUUAUAUUUUUGUUUUUCUUCAAAUGAUGUCAUAAGGGAUUGUGUAAGUUUGUUUUUUUUUUCUUGUGGCAUUAUUUACGAAAUUUUGUGUAAUAAAUUUGUUUAAUUGAUUAUAGAAUUGCUAUUUUUUUUUCUUAAAUAAAAG